GUCGAAAAGUCCGAGCGCGAGCAGGACGAUGCAUCCGGUGUCACCGGUUUGUCGCCAACCCGGGGGCUUACACCUUCGCUGCCAAGCCGACCAAGCACCGCGAGGCCGGGGAGCAGGCCCGCCUCUGCGCGGCCGGGCUCUGCGGGUCCGAGAAGGCUCUACGGUUCCUACGGGGCCCAUGGGCACCGGACUCCAGGUCGGCAAAGCUCGGGAACGCCUCCACGGCGCGGCAAAGGGCAG